CAUCGCUUCUGUGUUCCACUCAGCUGGAUAAAGAAUGUAGUAAAUCUUUUCCUACACUGGAAAUGUCGUCUACCCGCUCCAUGAGGAUCGAAACAGGCAGGUCAUUCUUGAUGUCUCAAGGUUCUUGGAGACUUUGACUCGGGAACAUCUUUUGAAAAAAGACUAUCCUCUGGAUAUUAAAGAACCCUCAUAGCCUGUCAAUGUCCUUCACGAGCGCGUCCUCUGCAUCCACCAUGGAUUUCUACGAGCCAUAUAUCACCGAGCGCAGCCGCGACCAACAUCAUCAUCACCAUUGGCACCACCAUCACCACCACGUCUACGUGACAUCGGAUCCUCGAUACCUGACUCCACCGCAAUACGCACAGCUGCCAGCCACAGGCAUUCUUCCACCGCCCUAUCAGAACCCGUUCGAUAUGUCCGCUCCCCGCGCGGCUCCCGCACACAUCUCCUCGAAAUACUACCGCACCACUCCACUCCACGAACUCGCUCGUGAGCAAGACCGCAAACACGCCCGUCACCGUCGAGCCUACAGCCACGAUCUGAAAGACCACCCCCGUCCGACCCGAAGACCACUACAACCCCGGCCACGAGCCCGCCCCUACGCAGCAAGACACGAACCCGAACCCUACACACCCAGACCUCACCCCUACACAUACCGACCUCCUUACACCACCACCACCACAGCUCAACCCGCGGCGGACGGCACCAAGUUCGACGACGAAGCCUACCGCAAGUAUUUCCGACAAUUCUAUAACGACCCUGCUCAGCAACAGGCACAGCAACAGCACUAUGAUGCUGCUCAGAACCAAGCAAAUGAUGACUUUGAUCGGAUCUAUCGGCAUAAUUUCAAUCAUUAUUACGAGUUGGCGAAGCGGCAGGGUGGGUUGUACCCGCGGCCGGAGGGGGGAGGGAGGACGAUUUAAUUUUAUUGAUGCGAGGUUCGGCUGUUGGACGAGGUGUCUGGUCUCAAAUAUUCAAGAAUGACCAUGACCAUGAUCGUGACCUUGACCUGAACCUGUUGGCAUCGAUCGGGAUG